GUAGGGGAGAGAACAGACCGAUUGCCGACUGCCAUGCAAGGUUGUAGUACCCUUUGACCAUAUAAAGGAUAAGGCCACACACUUGGCAGACAUAAUUCAUAUUGCAAUAUUUAACUGCACUUUUCAUAAUACUUUUAUAACUUCUGGUCUGUAACAUCCAGCGAUGGCAGACAUGUACAAGGAGUCGUCAGGAGGUGACCAAGGGCCUCCUAAGCCACCGCCCUCCAAGAAGUGCGCCACCUUAAAAUUGUCGGACCUAUGGGGCUCUGGUGGAAAGCCUGCAAGCCAACCUGUUCCCACAAAGAAAGUAGAUGAUAAGCCUUGCAAGGAAGGCAACCCCAACAAUGCUCCUGAGGAGCUUGGCGUGGAUGAGGGUUUUGAUGAUGAGGAGGAGGACGAGGAUGAGGAGGACGAGAAAGAGGAGCAGAAGGGAUGGGUGGCCGCGGCGGCCAAGGCGCUUGGCUUUCACUGA